AUGCUGCAUUCGAUGCAGGGGACACGUAAGGCCGGUCACGUCUGUUCCAUGGAUGUUGUGUCACCGGCAGAACGUCCCGUGCACAGUUCCUUUUGCUUUUUUUUUGUUGUGCGCGUCCUCCCCGGCGGCGCGCAGAGCGCGCCGGGGGCGGCCGUGCAGGCGCCGCCAGGGUCGCCCCCAGCGCGCUCCGUGCGCCAGGGAGUGUACAGCAUUGUCUCGUUGUUCGUUCAUUUAGAGGCAGCCCGCAUGGUAAAGAUUCAUCGGCUGGAGAGCCUCUUUCGCAGACUCGAGGAGGGCAUGCACUUGCUUCGUACCUUUUUCCGCGCCUCGACCCAGCGAGGGCGCGCGUGUCGCGAUCGCAGCUUCACGAUGUCUGACUGGAUGCCCGGCUGGACGCAACUGGCGGUGCCCCAUGCGGUGCCUCACGGCGGACGCGGUGAGGAGGCUGUCGGCGGCUGA